AGAUCGAGAUCGAACCCGGUAGCCCCAAAACCAUCACGGAAAGCUCAAUUAUUAUGAUGGACGAGGAGGACGACGAGGACGACGAAGAGGAGGACAUCGAGGAGGAGGAUCUGGACAUUGGGGCGGAAAUCGAUCCCGAUUCACCGCCCUGGGACGUGUACGGUGACAUGGACGUCGAGGAUCAGGACGAUACGACCGAGAACACCGCCCUGCUGCGUACCGCCGCCAAAACGGAAAUCAUCGUCACGCCUAUCAGUCCGGUCAGCUCGGCAUUCGAGCUCAACCGCAUGGACAGCGAGGAGUACAGGCGCUCGAAGCAAACGGCAGCCAACAACAAUGAAGGCGAACAGCUCCAGCAGCAGCAGCAGCAACAGCAGCAACAGAUGCUGGCCAUUACCGGCCCAAGCGGGGCUACGAUGGAUUCGCUCCAUCCCGAGAUGAGCGGCUCGGCGAGGAGCAACGGUGCUGCGGACGAUACAUGAGAAUGGCUGAAACCAUCCCCCCCAGUGGCCAGUUUUGGUUGCACCUCCUUCUUCACGCAGCACCACCAUCCCUGCCGGGUUCGGUUCGCCAUCCCGGCCAUUCUCACCCUCGGUGCCAUAUGCUUCAGCUGCUUCCUGCACCACGGCCAGCUGCUUCUUCGCCGUGCGAUCGUCUUUGCUCGUUUUUAUCGGCUUUAUCUUCACACGCCGGGAUGGUAUUCAUACGCCAGGCAACACGCAUCCACGCGAACCAACCGAAACCACUUCUUAGAGACCUGAUUUCAUGCGCCUCCAAAUGUCCUGCCUAGAAGACGGAACCAUAAAGCCCGCUAUACAUAUAUAUAUACAUACAUAUAUUCUGCUGUUGAAUAGUCGUAGCAUCCGCACCGUAGAGAAAAACCUUCGGCGGGCCGGGAAAUGGUGGAUGAGAUGUUAAUUUUCUUGUUGAUCGGGUCCCGUAAAUCGUAUCCAUCGCCCGGUGGCCACCCACUCGUCGCGCUCCUUCCUCUCGGAUCCGGAUCCGGAACUACAACUCUGUACUCAACUCACUACACUGGUGCUACACACACACACACACUCGUUACAGUAACCAUCGCGCAUGUUGCUUAGUUGUACUAGCCGCUACUCCUCUAUUACGGUUUUAUGUUUGCGCUCGUCGCCUCCAACCGGCACGACCGCUUGUAGCUUGUAGUAGCUAAAUGAGGAAGAAGAAGAAGAAGAAAAAGAAGAAGAUAACAAAAGUAAAUCAACCUAUUAGCAGAAACGCGCCGCACUCAUGUACGCACACGCGGCGACGCGCUUAGUUAAAAGCUCACUCGGAAAGAGCGGGAAAAACGCAACAUAUAGUUAAGGUGCAUCGUGUAUAAAAUCGCGCUAGAACCGUUUGCUUUCGCUUCAGACUAAACCCCGCUCGCGUAGUGAUAGUGAACGCUUGCCGACAACAACAACAACAAAAAGAAAAGCCCCCACUCAUACCGGAAGUGAUUUUAUGAUUAAUGAUUAACCUUCGCACAAGUAGCAACAACAAAAUUAACGGCGUGAACAGAUUGCAACCCGCCAGGAAAGCUGUUAACUUCCUCUCGCUCUCUUUCUUUUGGUUUCCCUCGAUCACGAUUGUGUCGCGCGAGGGCACAAUUAAAUUCUGUGCAAAUAUGCUCAAAAUCCUCCACAACACACCCUCUAAACUCGUGUGCUCCUCGCCAGCCGGGGCGAGGGCUGUAGCAUUUAGCAGAUAAAGUAGCAAGCAAAUAAGGAUGAAGCGUGCGCAACCGUUCGAUUAGAUUAGGGGGCGCAUUCGAGCCGACAUAACGCAAACGAACGCAAACGAACGCAUUGCAUCGUCAAGCACGCACGCGUUGUAAAUGCAACAACCGCACCCGUCAGGCAUCACCAGAUGGGACCAGGGAGUGCAAGCAGUUACAGUUUUAAUGAUAGCCAUUUUUUCUAUACCACUACUUUGUAUCCUCCUAGCGUCAGUGUCUAGCGACGUGAGUUUGUUAACGUAGGCGUGCAGUCAGUAGCGAAAGGACGAACACGAGAGAGGGCAAGAGAGAGAGAGAGAGAGAGAGAACAAAAAAAAAGCACCCACCAGCUCACCCAGGCGGGACACGGGACACGUACACACGACACAAAACGGCCAAAAAAGGAUUUCAUAGCGUUAAGGGAGCGUGUGGGCCACCCCUUUCCCGGAAUGUGGGGUGAAAGACGUGGCGAGAAAGAUUUCAAAUCAAACUUCAAAGCAAACGAACGAUCAAACUCAUACUCAGCAUUCAGCGUGACCCGGACGGGGCUUCGGAAUGGGUUCGGGGCGGAACGGGCGCAAGAGCAAGAAAUGUCAAUUAUUAAUCUUAGAAACGGCUAGGCUGAACAGCGGAACCCAACAGAACACGAAAUGUUUAAACUCCACCCCCCCCAAGAAAAAAAAACCACAGCAGGAAAAAGUGACGGCAAAGAAAUGGCCAACUCGCAGCCACACGCGUUUCGUCCUGUAAUGUGUGGCUCACCAACGUAGGCAAAACGUUAGAUCCAAAAGUAACCGAUUGUUAUUUUAGAUUCGAAUUCGGGCUAGCUUCACAUAAUUAACCCGCAGAGUUGAAGAAGUACAUUUGUUUCCUCGAUUGCUUGCGCUGCAAACAAAAUUACUGUGUAGAAUAAUGGCCGCAAGGGAAGGUAAAAAGAGCGCAAAAGCAAGUAAAGCAAAGACUUGGAGCAAAAUGGCAAACCAACCAAAUGGCAAAAAAGACAUCUCGGACAAUGCGAAGGCGAACAAAGUUAGGCCGUAUGUGUUGUGCCCGUUUAGCUUCGUUCUAAAUUUUCCCCGUUUCUUCGUUGCAAUGGAUAACAUAAGAUGAAAAAAAUAA